ACUGGCGUGUUGUUCUAAAAAUAUUCAAGAUAUAAUUGUUAAACGUUAAAUUGAGCAAAAUGAAGCUAUGAGACCAUUAUUUUUGCACAAAUUAACAAUCAUUACAUACAUUUAAUAUCUAGACCGAAAACUAUACGUUUGAUUAAAAGUUCAUUAAUCAUUUCAAAAUGUCAAAUAAAACAUACAAUGAUUUACUAUGCGAAACAUCAGAAAUCAUUGGCGAGGCAACGCAGGCCGAUGAGGCAGUGUUCGCACUAGGCGAGGCAGAGAAAACUCAGCUGCAUCCUCAUCUGUCCGAGCUCAGAGUGAGGUAUACGGUCCUCGUACGGCGUUUGGAUAACGUAUACGAUCAGCUGUUGCAACCUCAGAAGAGGUUGAUAGUGAAGAGGCUACUCGAGGCGUGUUUGGGAAGGCUGAUUGAAAUCAAACAUGAUUUAGUGGAGUUGCAUUUGUCGGAUUAUACGUUUGACGAUGAUGAGGUUUUUCAAAGACUCCAAGUAACACCCAGCGAAGCAGAGCCAUGUAUCCCUCAAUACUUUAUAAGAGAAAGAGAGGAAGAGGUGGAGAGUCGGCAGCAGUUUAUCAUAAAUACUUUGAGGAAACUGGGUCAUGAGCCUCCGAAGCCUCAAGCGUUGGUACUGACGGAACAGCAGGCGGUGCUCGUUAUUCAGAGCCAUGAGAGAGCUAGGCAGGGACGAUUGAGAGGACAGUUCAUGAAAGAGAUUCGUUUAUUGAAAGAAAAAGGAAGAGACCAGAAAGGUGAAAUGUCUCCGUCAGCUGCCACAGCUAUACAGCGCGUGUGGAGAGGCUUCAUAGCAAGAAGAGCGACGAAAAAGAGGAAACAAGAAGAAAUGCUUCUAAUUGGCAUGGAAUUACCACCUUAUACAGAAUCUGUAGCAAUUAAGAAGUCUGAAGAAAUAAAAGAAUAUCGACGAAAGCUACAAAAAGAGCGAGAAAAGGAAUAUCAAAAUGCUCUAGUGACAAUCGAAGAACAGCUAAGGAAACAACAUGGAGUAAGACUUAAUGAGCAAAUAGGGGCCGAGUUGAGGAGGUAUAUUUCCGAGUAUUAUGAGAGGACUGGAAAAUUUCCAGAUCUUCCGUCAGAAGAAAGUGGUGGAAGUCGGGCCAUGUUUAGCAGACAAGGCACGAGUCCUGAUAGUACAUUGAGUAAAUCUUCGCCAGUAUCAUCUAAAGAAUCUAAGAAAAGCAAGGAAAGUAAAGAUAAGAAAAAUGGGAAGUCUGAAGACAACAAGAAUAAAGAUGAGGAAACAGAUUUACAAAUGUUCAAGUGUAGUACCUCGAACUUUUUACAAGACGUUAUUAGUGCCAAUGAAGAAUUUGAAGAUAUAUGGAAAUUUAAAGAUGACGCUGACAAUCUUCAUGAAAGAUAUUACAAGGACAUGAUAGAAAGAGAAAAAAUGGUUAUAAUUGAACAAGAAAUUAGAAACAUUGUAGAUGAAAUGAUGCGUAAUGAACUCGAGCAGUUACAAGCUGCUUUUGACAGAGAUAGAGCUCACAAAGGUAAAAAGGCGAAGAAACCUCAAAAGAAGGUUCGACGUGGAGGAAAAAAGAGCAAAAAGAAAAAGGAAAAAGAUUUGACACCAGACAGAACCACGGAGUCAUUGUUUGAAGAACUAGUAUCAAAUGGCAUUAUCCGUCCAUAUCCAGUUUGUAAAAUAGAUGACUAUAUUGGCGAAAAAUCCUUUGUUGGAGCCGAAUGGAGGAACGAAGGCCGAGAGCCAAUGCCUUGUCUUGGGGAUAUAAGGCAGUUAAUAAAAGAGUAUUGUAUUCUGCCUCUUGGUUCAGAGCACGUUCGAACUCAUGCACCAUUAGUGCGAUCAGUUUUGUUGUCUGGUCCAGCAGGCAGCGGAAAAAAGAUGUUAGUCCAUUCAAUCUGUAGCGAAGUGGGAGGGGUACUAUUUGACUUGUCGCCAGCUAAUAUAGUUGGAAAAUAUCCUGGUAAAUCAGGGCUUAUAAUGUUGAUACAUUUAGUCGUUAAAGUGUCGCGGCUACUUCAGCCAUCUGUGAUUUGGAUGGAUGACGCUGAAAAGCCAUUUGUGAAGAAGAUACCAAAAACGGACAAAACUGAUCCAAAGCGGCUAAAGAAGGAUUUGGCUAAAAUCAUAAAAGGAAUCUGCCCAGAAGAUCGCGUCUUAUUUGUGGGCACCUCGCGUUGUCCUUGGGACGCAGAGCAGAAGCUCCUCUUCCAGUGCUAUUCGAAGGUCAUCCAGAUCCCUAGAGCUGACUACGGCAGUAUAUCCCUCAUGUGGAGAACGCAGCUUCAUAAAGCUGGGGCCCUGUCGCCUAGACUGGAUCUCUCUAGUUUGGCUAGAGUAUCGGAUUCGUAUACUAUUGGGACACUGCUGUCAGCUUUAGACGCAUUAUUGACCACAAAAAGAAGGUUACAACUGCGCGUGCGCGCUCUAACCGCUCAUGAGAUCGCCGUACAGUUGAGCACAAGGGAACCUGUGUAUGCUGAGCAAGUAAGUUUCUUUCAUUUAUUAAGAAAAAAUAUUUCAUUCUCUGUAUCACUUGGUGUUUACGUUACGUUGUGUAAAUUAAUGAGAACUACAAAAUAUCAUGUAUAUUGUCAUUCCUUUUUGCUUACAAAAAAUAUGGUGUGCCUAUGCCAAAACAAAAAUCAUGAGGUCAAUUAUUUAACCCAAUACCUGCUACUUAAGAAUGAGUUAAUUAUUUAUUACUUUCAAACAUCAAACAUUUAUUCAGCAAAUAGGUUACAGGGGCACUUUUACAUGUAAUUUUUUUUACAAACAAUAAAAAUAACAAAACACAAUUACAAAUAUGGAAUCAUUGAAAUAUUAGAUACUUAUUAGAGAUGUAUACAGUCUCUAAAUGUCGAAUUAAGUAUGUAAAUAAACUAUGAAAAAUACAACCAACAAAUACUAAAAUUCAUUAGAGAUGUGAAAGUCUUUAAGUGUUAGAGAUAAAAUAUAAUUUAAAAAACGAUCAUUAAAUUAUUCUUAGAGAUGUAAAAGGUCUCCAAGACUUGAAUUAAUAUAAAAUAAUAAAUAAUUAAAAGACAAGAAAUUAAAUCAGGCAGACAAGAACCGAAUGAAGUGUCUCAGCCAUCGCCUCCCUCAACCUUCAUUUGGGAAAGUGGUGACCCGAUCAACGACGCCACCAUAAGUAAGACUUUUAAGCGAGCAUGACAUGUUCAAGCAACCGGGCUGUAUUAAAAUAAGAGAGAAACAACAUUUGUGCUUGUAUAUUACAAUACAGACGGCAUUGCGUCUCAUAAGCGCCACACAUUUUUUUUUAUACUACGUUAGUGGCAAUCAAGCAUACGGCCCGCCUGAUGGUAAGCAGUCUCCGUAGCCUGUGUACGCCUGCAACUCCAGAGGAGUUACAUACACGUUGCCGACCUUAACCUCCCCCACCCCUCGUUGAGCUCUGGCAACCUUACUCACCGGCAGGAACACAACACUAUGAGUAGGGUCUAGUGUUAUUUGGCUGCGGUUUUCUGUAAGGAGGUACUUCCCCAGUUGGGCUCUGCAAGACACAAAGCAAGAUGACAUUCACAAUGCCCAUACAUCUCUUUUGGACGUAGUUUAAGGACGUACCCGGGUCGAAAAGUAUUC